AUUGAUGCAUGACAGCUGGACGUUAUUCACACGCCUCACAAUGAGGCUUUAAAGCUUCAAAUCGUGUAGGUUUGCAGCAUUUGUCUGACCACACCCUGAGGAAUGCCAGUGGAUACUGAUCAGACUCUAAACAGCUCCUUUACCUUCUUCUGUUUCUGUAUGAUUUGACCUGAUGAGCAGUUAUGGAUGGGGUGAUCAGAGGGAAACCUGAGCUCUCUGGUGUUGGUGAUACAUAGACUAUAUUUGAAGAAGGGGAAGAUAAAAAAAAAAACCCCAGCACAGCCCUGCCAGCUGACUGCUAUACGGGACCUUUAAUGCAGCUGCAGCUCUUCAUUCAGAUGCUGAGUGGAGCAGCGGAUGACCGGAGGAGGGACCGCUUUUUCUAGGAAAACCAGCCCACAAUCUUUAGUCUGAUCGCGUUUUUUAAACCCCCCACUUUGACUCAUCCUGAAGGAUUUGCCUUGCAUUUAGCGGAGGGGGAGCGCGGUGCCUGGAUGCGGGACUGAGCGGAUUGCGGCAAUCACAGCGUCCUGAGUGAUCGGAGCUCAGCAGCAGCAUCACAUUGUAUGAAAUGCGUCACCGUGAUCCAGUUUCCCCAUUUACAAACAUCAGCUCCCCGCUCACGGACUGUUCCCCGCACUGACCGUUUCACCAGGUAACCACAUGCGCGGGCCGGUGUCACCGCGCUGAGCCCGGAGAGGAGAGCACGAAGGGUACCGGGGGGGUCAGAGACACAAGAGUGGACCGGAUGACAGCCAGAACCUCGGAGGCCUCGGGACUGUCGGUGCCGCUGCGCCGCUGUCACGGGGUCCUCCAGGCCAACAACGGCACCUGCGCGGAGCAGCUCAGCAUCUUUCCGCCGUUCUCCUCCGCCCUCGCGCUCCUCGUGCUGGUGGCCGUGCUCGUGGGGAUCAUCCUCGUUUCCCUGGCAACCUUCCACUUCCACAAGAGGAAGCUCCGGAACAGGAAGAUCCAGCGCGCGCAGGAGGAAUACGAGCGCGACAGUCGCAGCCCGGCGCGCGGCGGCCCCGGGGCGAGCGGGGAGCCCGCGAGGCCGUGCGUCAUCAUCCGACCGGUGAAAUGCGAGGAGAAGCUCUCGUGCCAGAGCGCGGGGAGCGCGGAGGAGGCGGCGGAGGAGGCGGCGGAGGAGGCGCAGCACCAGACGGUUCCUCUUGACUGUUAACUCAGAGCAACUUCAGGGAACGAGACUGUGGAAUAAACAGGAAAAGCAAUAAGGCACAAAGAACUCCCACACCCAUCUCUGCUGCUUGUAGGGUUAGAAUAACGCAGAAUACUGAGCAGAAUAGUAGGCCUAGAGGUAACAUAGGGCCGCACACACACACACACACACACACACACACACACACUAGUAUUUAGCCAACUGGUAACUCCUUAUGGGACUGUAUAAAGUAUUUGCCUGCUUUGACUUUUGGACCUCUUCCUCUUCCUUAAUAAAAAAAACAAAAAAAAAGAUAUCUUCCCUGGGAUGUGACACACGGUUGUGUUGGGUAGUUUAAAGAGCUGGAGACACAACACAGACCAUAAUGGCUCGCUGAUCUUCCUUGGCAUGUCCUUCCGACACACUACCAGUAUGUAGUUAGACUAUAAUGGAUGUUGUGGUGCUGUUAGGCAGUGCAAUGCUGCAUAUAGGCUGUAGAAAAAAUGGCUUAUUUGUAUGCGUAGUAAUUUUUUCCUUGACUUAAGUGACUUAGCAUAUUUGCAUAAAGUACUGUCCUCCAAUGUCUGUUAGACAUCUGUAGGUUUAGCUCUAGUUAGCCUGACAGGAUGCAAGACUUAUUUGCUGUAGUUAUGCACAUAAGAGUUUCCUUUAAUGUGUCAGAUAGUUAGAAGUUUUAGCGCUAAAUAAACAGUAUUUUCAUUUUUCAGUAUUUAUAAUGUAUUCUCUCUCUGACAUGUAAUAACUUGAGAAUCCUUCCAAGAGAGGGUUUUAAGUUUAAGCCAGUCUUAUUCUCUCUCUCUCUCUUUUUUGUUUUUGUUUUUUGAGCCUUCAUAUUGUAUCAUAGUGGGCCUAAUAGAAAUGUGAUUUAUGAUAUCAAUUCACUGUAAAUGUAUGCCAUUAUGAGAGCUGGAAUGUUUUACAGUAACAAAUCAUCUUUCUGGAGUUCAUAUAACCUGCCUUAUCAAAAAGGAAAAUAUGUAAUAUCCAAAGUUUAUAAAUAAAUACUUUAUGUUAAUCCUU